ACUCAUCAGGCAUUCAGUUGCGCCGUUGGCGGUCUGGUCAAGCAAACAUCAACGUAGUAUCCUCGUACCUAACUGUCCCAGCUGCCUUACAGUUUUCUUCCUCAAUUGGAAAAACCCUAAACCCUAUCUCAGAUUUUUUUUUUUUACUGUAAAUUCAGCAAAUCGAAUCUCGAUUGCAUGCAGCAAUGAAGGAGUCUGCUGCGGAUGCGCCGCCCAACAGGGAGCUAUACGCUCUGCUUAACCUUUCCCCUGAAGCCUCCACUGAAGAAAUCCGUAAAGCUUAUCGCCAAUGGGCUCAAGUCUAUCAUCCUGAUAAAUAUCAAGCUCCUCAGAUGAAGGAUAUUGCGACGGAGAAUUUUCAACGGAUAUGCCAAGCAUAUGAGAUUUUGUGUGAUGAAACGAAGAGGCAGAUAUACGACAUUUAUGGCAUGGAAGGACUGAGCUCUGGUCUGGAACUUGGUCCGCAACUGAAAAAAGCUGAAGAAAUUAAGGAGGAGCUUGAGAGGCUAAGACGCCAGAAGGAACUAGAAAAGGUUGCUGUCCAUGUCCGACCUUCUGGUUCAAUUCUAGCAAAUUUGUCAUUGCCUCAGUUUUUAGAGGGUGAUGGCAUUAUGAAAGGAAUGGCUAUGGCUAGUGAAAUUCAAUCCCAGGUAUCCAAAAGCAAUACAAUUGCUAUUGGUGGGAAUUUAGCGGUUAACGGGAAUGUUGGUGGUGGUGCAGCAUCUGUUCUCUUUCAGCAUCAGAUGUCUUCAGUGUCUUCCAUAGAGUUCAUGGCCUCUGCUGGUUUACGGGCAGUAAUAGGGGUACAAACAUCUCGCCACUUAACUCCUCACUCUACUGCGGCAAUGGGCCUUACUAUGUCUUUAAGAGAUGGUUCCAUUAAUCUUUCCAACAGUUGGACUCGUCAACUCUCGAAUACAGCAAAUGGGAAUAUUCAGCUCGUAUUAGGUCCAGAUUCACAUGUAGCUGUUGGAUGGCAGCAAAAAGAGCAGAAAAUGUCUGCUGCUGGAGAAAUCAAGAUUGGCGUGGGUUCCUUUGGGGCAACAGCUCAUUACACUCACCGCUUUUCCUCAAAAUCUCAUGGGCGCAUUGCUGGCAGAGUUGGAAGCAAUGCACUUGAAUUUGAAGUGGGCGGUGGAAGAAAAGUAUCGGAAUUCAGCACUGUUCGAAUGCUGUAUACGAUAGGAAUUCAGGGUAUCUUUUGGAAACUUGAAUUGCAUCGUGGAGGCCAAAGGUUGAUUGUUCCUAUAUUGAUUUCCCGACACUUGAACCCUUUGUUUGCGACUUGCGCCUUCUUCAUUCCUACGUCAUUAUACCUUCUACUCAAGACAUAUAUUCUGAAACCAUAUUUUCUCAAAUGGGAAAAUCAGCGGGAGCUGGAGAGUGCUGAAAAAACUCGUGCUCAGGUUCGAGAGGCAAGAGCGGCUGCUGAGAAAGCCCAGCAACUAUUAGAGAAUGUUGCAAACCGGAAAAGAACUCGACAGCUAGAAACUGGUGGACUUGUUGUAACAAAAGCAGUAUAUGGAAGCCGUAAAGCUCUGAAGGAUCGAACUAAAAACACUGCAGAAACCGACGAUGGGGUCUCGUCACAAAUCCUGGAUGUCACGCUACCUUUGAAUUUUCUGGUGAACGAUUCGGGACAACUAAAGCUACACGAGGGCGUUAAGAAAUCGGGAAUAAUGGGAUUUUGUGAUCCUUGUCCCGGAGAACCUAAGCAGUUAUAUGUGGAAUAUACAUCUGGAGGCAAUAAAUUCGAGGUGACUGUUGAUGAUUAUGAGCAAUUGAUUAUACCCCAGGAAGAACACACAAUUUGACUUCCAUCUGAGAAUUCUUGAGGAAGGGGGGGGGGGGGGGUU